GGCGGAGUUUCCGAAGCUGCCCGAAUAGACAAUGGCAGUGGCGGACCGCUAGCUGAGUAGAGAGAGUAGAGGGGGGGACAUGUGAGUGAUGUACGGAGGAGGUCCGGGGACCGGAGGGGUAUGACAUUACCGGCACGGUGCUGUGACACGAUGGAGACCUUGCAGCCCGCCGCUUCUCCUCCGGUGCUGUGCUCCGUGCUGGCCGUGAGAAGUCACAGCUGUGAGGUGACCCUGGACUCGGGACUCGGGCUCUUCUCCUGGAGGGAAGUGAGGCCGCGGAGAGAGCGGAGCCGAGCCGGCAUGUGCUUGGCACGAGCAUUCCAUAGAGCAAGAGGUCUCACAGGCAGCUUUACGGAUCGUUUACCUUCAGCUGGUCAUAUUGUCCCUGUAUCAGAGAUUGUUUCAGUUGAAGAAGCGGAAAUUGAUGAGAAGCACUAUGGCAUGCAGUGGAAACACAUGUGCAAACCUCAUGCAUUUACUGUGCACUAUGUACAGAGAUCGAAGAAGCAUCGCUGGCGGUGCAAAGCAGUGACUUUCUGGUGCAGUGACGAGCUUCUGUGUUGCCAUUGGUUGCAAGCACUUAAUAAUCUACUUGAGCAACAGGCUUGUAGGCCAAAGCACUUAUUGGUUUAUAUAAAUCCAUAUGGUGGCAAGAAGAAAGGAAGGAAAAUCUACGAGAAGAAGGUGGCUCCAUUGUUCAGUCUUGCCUCUAUCACUACAGAUGUCAUUGUGACAGAAUAUGCAAACCAUGCUAGAGAUAAUCUUUAUGAAGUCAAUCUGGAUAAAUAUGAUGGCAUUGUUUGUGUUGGUGGCGAUGGAAUGUUCAGUGAAGUGCUUCAUGGCCUUAUAGGCCGAGUACAAAAGGAUACUGGUAUAGAUCAUAACAAUCCUAAAAUUCCAUUAUCUCAGUGCUAUAUGAGGAUUGGCAUUAUUCCUGCUGGUUCUACAGACUGUGUUUGUUUUGCAACUGUGGGAAUCAGUGAUCCAGUAACUUCAGCUUUGCACAUCAUAUUGGGUGAUUCUCAGCCCCUUGAUGUUAGUUCAGUUCACGACAGAAAAACAUUCUUGAAAUACACAGUUUCAUUGUUGGGUUAUGGUUUCUAUGGAGAUGUCGUGAAAUGCAGUGAAAAGAAUAGGUGGCUGGGCCCUGCCAGAUAUGACUUUUCAGGUUUCAAGACUUUUCUGUCUCAUCGAUACUAUGAAGGGACAGUGUCUUUCCAGCCAGCAAAGUGGGCAGUUGGAUCCCCAAAGGAUAAAGUCUGUUGCACAUCUGGGUGCUACAUUUGCAGGCAAAGUAGCAAUCAGCUGAGGGAGCAGCAGAGAGCAGAGACCUGUGGCUUACAACACAAUGAACAAGAAGAGAAAUGGAAAACUGUCAAAGGAAAAUUCAUGGCGGUUAACGCGGCCGUCAUGAGCUGUGCCUGUCCUCGCAGCCCAAAAGGUCUCUCACCAGCAGCUCACUUGGCAGACGGGACUGCAGAUCUCAUUUUAGUUCGUAAAUGCUCAAGGUUAAAUUUCUUACGGCACCUUAUCAGACACACAAAAAGCAAUAGUGAUCAGUUUGACUUUCCAUUUGUUGAUGUCUAUCGGAUAAAGACUUUUCAGUUUACUCCAAAACAUUCUGAGGAAAAUGAUUCAGAGAGCACGGAUUUGGCAAACAUUGGAAAAAGGAACUUUACUCAGAUCUGCACAGAUCAUCCAUCUUGUGGCUGCAGUCAGGUGAACAGUGUCUGGAAUUGUGAUGGGGAAACUCUUGAUGAGACUGCGAUAGAAAUGAGGGUCCACUGUCAACUUGUCAGACUCUUUGCACGAGGCAUUGAGGAUUCCCAUAAAGAAGAUGAUGAAAACCCAAGCAGGGUUUAAUAGUGGACUGUUUUAGUUCAGUCUUUGGGGUGUUCCUUGUUUAUUUAUUUAACAGUUUAUAUGUAAUCCAGUUUGAAGAAAUGAAAUAUGAAGAUAAAUAUCUACUAAUAUUUUAAGAUUGAUGUUGUGAUUUAAUGAACAUCAGAAUUGUGAUGUUUGAAGACAUUUGUGUAAACUGAAAGACUGUUCUUACUAGGCUUUGCAGUUUGUUUUUUCCUGAAGUGUUACUACUCCUCUUGGUGUCCUAUAGUUUCAAGGCAAACUACAUGUGUUUCUGUUGCCACGUAGAACAUAUUUUAGCCAGUGCUCAAAACAUCUAAUCAAUUGAAUGUUUUUUUUUUUUGUUUUUUUUUAGAAGUUGGUGAUCUAGAAUAAUAGGCUGAGAUGCAUUUUGUUAAAAAUCAUCAACCACAUUUGUAGUGGUAUUUCAAAAUAGCAGUGAUUUCAGUCCCUUAGGCCUAGAUUAAGCAGAUGAGGCUAUAUUUCUUAGGGCUCAGUGGCCUGAAAAUGACAGUAGACCAAAUGGUUGCAAAUGGUAAUUUCUGUCAUGUUGGUGAGAACGGUGGUUGAUUCCACAAAUAUCUUUUUAAAGUUUCACUGUAUUAUGUUAACUCCGAUUGUUCCUCAAGAACUAUACAAUUUGUUUGAUCUAGGAAAAGAUAGACACAAUAAUUGUGUAUUAUAUAAUAUUAGCAAAUCAUUGAAAAUAAAUUCCCGCUGCUGUUCUAGAUAAAGAUUUUUCAGGCAACUUCUAAUAUUUAACAUGUUUUGCACAAAGCACCAUUAGCGUGAGUCAUUUGUUGACUCGCUGAUCUCACCAGCAAGCUGUGUGUAAUUUUCCCAGCAGAGUUGAUAUUGCUGACCAUUUAUAUGUUUGUACUGCCACAUAAUGUUAUAUUUUCAUGAGAUUUUUCUGGCUUAAUGUAAGCUUGGUAUGAGAGGACACGUGCCCACCCUAAUUGUGGUGACGUGUUACUGAUUGAUUUAGAACUAUUCCUUUGGUAACAUGGUUUUGUAUAACUUUCUGUUAACCCCCAAAUAUUAAUCUUUUGCAGAUAGAGGAAGUGGUUGUCUGUAUCAGUAUGGUGUAUACCAUAAUCCCAAAUGAAUGCAACUUGUAUCAAAAGAAUUAUCCUGCUUCAUUAAUGUAAACAUUUUCAUGAAAUGUUUCUUCUUUUCUAUUAAAAUGUGCACUAAUGAAUGUAGAUUUAUUUGCCAACACUCAUUAUUUAGAUUGGGACCAAAAGCCAUUGCAUUGCUGCAUGCUGAAGUUUUGGUGCAUUUGGCAAAUACUCAGUGCUACUGAAAAUCUGUUUCAAACCUAAAGCUGAACAUAGAUAGUUUGAAUCUCGUCUGGCUCAGCAGGGACCAACUGAGAUUUGAACCAUCUUAUGGGCAGGCUGAUUGUACCCAAGUUGAUCCACCGAUGGAUCACCUUGGGUACUACCAGCGUGCUGCAUUUUUACAUGCUCCACUAGCACUGUGUUCUCCUGGCAGGGACAGCUCCUGCACCCUCCCACUGGGAGAAUGUAAUAACUCCUUUGGAGAGAUUCCUCCAUCAGCGCAGACUGUGGUUGCAGAAAAAAAAAUCGCAUCAUCUAUGGCCUACCUUAGACUGGCUUUUGCCAGUGCCAUUACAGUACAUUGAUCUAAGCCAGUCCCUUACAUUCAAAACAAGAGUUUUUGUUUGUGUUCAAUCUCUGUUUUCUUUGCAAGGUCUUUUUAUUGGGAUGCAACCUAAUCUUCUACAGUAGAGAAAAGGAAAUGAUAAAAAGUUGUUUAAUCAUCCCCAUAUUUGAAAGUGCCCAGAAUUACCUAAAAGUUGAAAUGUACCAGAAAGGAAAAAUAAAUAAUAUAUAUUUUUAAAAAAGCUGUCAUCCCUGCACAGAAAUCUUUGUUGAUCCUGGAGAUCAGCUUUAGAGGUUCUUUACUCUAUGUUGACCAUAGUUUAUAAUGUAUGAAAAGUAAUUUAGUCGUAAAAAGCUGAUUUGUUUGAGGUACUAUUUUAGAAAGUUGGACUAACCUGUAGUAAAUUUCAAGUGAUUUGCACCGUAAUAGUAGCGUAAAAUGUAUUGCUGAUUCUAGCAUAACUAUACAACUGCCCACAAAGCCAUUUAUUUCAUUGUACUUUAAAUGACUGGCUUUAAAUUUCAUUACACUUUAGAAUAUAGAUGAUCAGAAAAAGUAAUUGGCAGGCUGUGUUGAUAGUUUAUUAUCUUACAACAGAUAAUCAUGUUGCAAAAAAAGGUUACAUAGUUAUGUUUUUCUUCUAGUUUUACCAUGCGACUCAGCAAUGCAAAACGUAAACAUUCCUGCUAUUUUUAAAUCAUGAAAAUAAAUAUUUUAGUAUCCAAAAA